GAGGACAAUUGUCUCCGACGGCAGCUAUGCGACUUGCCCUGCUCUGCGCUGUGUGUCUGUUGCCCGGCAGCCUGGCCCUGCCACUGCCCCGGGAAGCGGGAGGCAUGAGCGAACUGCACUGGAAACAGGCUCAGGACUAUCUCAAGAGAUUUUAUUCCUAUGACCCAGAAACAAAAACCACCAACAGUUUAGAAGCCAGACUCAAGGAGAUGGAGAAGUUCUUUCGCCUGCCUAUAACUGGAAUCCUAAGCCCUCGCCUCGUCGAAAUAAUGCAGAAACCCAGGUGUGGCGUGCCGGACGUCGCAGAGUACUCGCUGUUCCCAGAGAGCCCCAGAUGGACUUCCAAAGUCGUCACCUACCGGAUCAUAUCAUAUACUCGAGACUUGCUGCCUACCAUAGUGGAUCAAUUAGUGGCAAAGGCUUUAAACAUGUGGGGCAGAGAGAUACCCCUGCGUUUCAAGCGAGUCAGAUGGGGAGUUGCAGACAUCAUGCUUGGCUUUGCAAGAGGAGCUCACGGGGACUACUACCCAUUUGAUGGACCAGGCAACACACUGGCUCACGCCUUUGCACCCGGGCCGGGCCUUGGAGGAGAUGCUCACUUUGACGAGGACGAACGCUGGAGUGACGGGAACAGCAUAGGAAUUAACUUCCUGUAUGCUGCAACUCAUGAACUUGGCCAUUCUUUGGGCCUGGGACAUUCCUCCGACCCUAAUGCCGUGAUGUAUCCAACCUAUGGAAGCGGAAGUCAACAAAAUUUCCAACUUUCACAAGAUGACAUUGAAGGCAUUCAGAAGCUAUAUGGAAAGAGAAGUAAAUCAGGAAAGAAAUAGAAGCUUCGGGGAACACGUCCAUUCGUCCUUUCAUUGGAUUCCAUGUGACUGUUCCCCACCCGGAACUGAUCAGCGCUCCUCCUGGACUCUGUUUAGGCGGUGACCCCUUUCUGGUAUCGCGGUUGGUUUUUGCACGCUUCUCUCCUUCUGAAGAUAAACUCACUUAUGGCAUGACUGUGUUUAACUUAUCCUCAGACAACUUGCUGUUGGCAGAUGUCAACAAACGGUAUAUACACAAGUAAAUUGAAUUUGUAUUCCAUGGAAAAAUUAUUUUUAUUUGGAAGCACUAUUUCUGUGGCAAGCGAAGACAUACUAUACCAUAA